AUGGCCGAUGUGGCUGUGCUGCGCCAUGAGUUGCAGGAGGCGGAAACGGAGCUGGAGCUGCGGGAUGCAGAGCUUCGGGCCUGCAACCCCCGCGGGCCUGGCAGCUGUGACGACCCGGUGGCGCUGCAUGAGGAGUACCGCAGUCUUCAAGCGGAGCUCGGCGCGCUGCAGGAGCAAGCCAAGCGCGGCCAAAGUGCGGCGCAGGAGACCGGGCAGCGCCAGCGAAUGGCCGGCCUCGAGGAGGAGUUGCGGCAGAAGUGCGAGGUGGUCAGACAACUGCGGCAGCGGGAGCUGUGGUUCGAGCUGCAGCUUAGACGGCAGCAGGAGGCGCAUGGAGACACCUUGGAUGCGCUGAGAGACGAGGCCGUGGCACUGCGUCAGGCAGUGAUCAUGGGUCAGGCGCGGCGCCCGGCCGGGGCCAGGGCCACUGCCCCGGCGCCGGCGCCGGCGCCGGCGCCGCUGCGCGAGGCUGCCCCGUGCGUUCCGUGCGGCGGCCUGGGGGAGUCGGGGAGUCGGCAGCAGGUUACCAGGCCCAGUGCGCCUGGCGCGGGGCCCGCGCCCGCGGGGCCCGCGGGGCCCGCGGGGCUGUCUGCCGCCGCGGGGCCCUUUGCAGCGCGGGCGGCGCAGGACCCUCUGAUGCAGCUGGCGCAGCAGCUGCGCUCCGAGGCAGCGGCCCGGGCGCCCGGCUCCGGUGAAAGUGCGUUGGAAUAA